GACGGCAGUCUGAGCGGGAGCGAGGGUGCGCUUGCGGAAUCGCAGAAACCUCGUCUCUUGGCGAUUGAAACGGUCGGGUCGAUGAAGAAUUGACAGGGUCCAAGACGUCCACCGCCAAUUCGCCCUGGCGGUUCUGCCACCUGCCCACCCACCUCUCGCUCGAAAAUUUGUGGUGGCUUAUCGGGGCUUAUCGAUUGGGCUGGCCCACCACUGCCCGUUCCAAGGUUCCAGACGACCAGUGCCGGUAGUAGGUAGGAGCAGUAACUACUAGGUAGCACCUCCAUCCAGUGGCGCGUCAUGGAUCGACUUUUAUAAGCUUCCACCACGUCCAGCUGGCGACCAGGACCAAAACGACACCUCUCGCCACGGGGACACUGCCAUCCCCUACCUAUCGGUGCAUUGUCUUUGCAGACAGGCGCCAUGAGCUGGAAACAUGACUAAGGGCUUCCCUUCCUGGCUGAUCGGAAGCCGCUCCGUCGCAGCGAUCCAGCCUCCUCGAAUUGCGGGCGGCUUCGGCUUCAUGCGCGGCAAGCUCCUGCAGAUCCCAGGCCGAUUAUCGCCAUCCGCGGCGGCAUUUCAACGAUCAUCGUCAUAUCGAAGCUUACACGACCUAUAUAGGCCUUCUUUGGGGCUCGCACAUUCCGUCUCUUCGUCGAGGCGCCUUGAGCCGCCCAGAUGGGCGCCCCCGGUUGCCGAUGAACGCAACGGCCGCGGCUCCAGCGUUGGUUCAAAAUGGCGCUUGCAACACCGCUCAUACGCCUCAUACGAACAAAAACAUACCCCGAAGCCGAAUCCGGAUAGGCAAUCGACACCACUCGGUCAUGACGAUAAGCAUGCCAAACUCGCGACGGGCCCGGGGGACGUAGGUGGUCCCAACGCUGAGCCUGAGUCGAUCGCCGCCUCCGUAUCCAAGUACCUUCAUCUGCCCAAGAUGCCGCAUAGACCUUCCAAGGAGGAGCUCUUGGCUGCUGCCAACGGUUUCUGGGAACGAGUGCGGGUUCGGUUCAAGUGGAUGUCUAUCAGAAGCAUGAGGCCCUGGAACGCUGAUGAGUGGGGGGCAUUUGUGUCGUGGUUCAUGCUUGGCCACCUGGUGUGGAUUCUUGUCGGGACCACGACAUUCUUCUCGCUGCUCAUCUUCUCCAUCAAUACGGUGUUCGCUCAAGAAACACUAGCAAAAUGGGUCGGCGACUACCUGACCCAGUCCGCCGGCGUGACGGUGGUUUUCGAGUCGGCUAUUGUACCCAAAUGGAAAAACGGCGUGAUAGCCUUUCGCAACGUCUUCGUCUCGAGGCGCCCCGGGCAGAUCGAGUCGUCAGUAAGCAAGGGAUCGUCCGACGCCGCUGCGGUUGCUGCCGCAGGCCGACAGGCUCAGCUUGCUGGCUCGGAUGACGCAGAAGACGAUGGAAACUACACCCAGUUUGACGUGACCAUCGCCAAUGUCAACGUCACGCUGUCCUUUAUCAAUUGGUGGAGCGGCAAGGGUCUCCUGAAAGACGUCGAGGUCACCGGGGUACGCGGAGUCCUCGAUCGGACCUCGGUCGUGUGGCCCGUGGAGCAAGUCGACCCUCUUUCCUAUCGACAUACCCACGAACCCGGGGACUUUGAGAUCGAGUCGUUCAAACUCGAAGAUCUCCUCCUGACCAUCCACCAACCAAACGGCUUCCGGCCGUUCUCCGUCAGCAUCUACUCGUGCGAGCUGCCACAGCUACGAAAACAGUGGCUUUUUUAUGACUUCUUGUCGGCCAAUCACAUGUCGGGGUCAUUCGACGGGUCUUUGUUCACGAUUCACCCUCGACAGGUUCAUGGUGUGGUGUCGAGCAAUGGCCAGGGGGCCAUGCUUGGCGUGGGAGAGCCUAGUGCCUGGAAAAAGUUCAGCAGGCUGAGGAUAGACGGCCUGAAAAUCGAUCAUCUCAACCGUGGUGUGGAGGGUCCUUUUGGAUGGAUCUACGAAGGCAACGUCGACAUUGUUGCCGACGUCAUGUUCCCGGCCGACACGGAUGAAGGCAUCACGAAAGUCAUGUCUGACUUUUACGACCAACUAGAGGAAGCCGUCAUCUCGAAUCGGGCUCGCUUCCUGCAAAAGGCCGCGGACACGGCGCCGGAUAUCUUACGGUCUGGCCACCUGUCUGAAGCAUCUGGCCAGGCCCUUGACGAGCAGCCGGUUGAAGAUGGUGGCGAGGGCGAGCAGGAGGAAGAGGACCGCCGGUACCUCAUCAUGGACAUGCGGAUUCACCUCAACGACGUCAAGGCAGCCGUGCCGCUUUUCACCCGCGACAUAUCCUACAUCAACCAGGCGCUCGUGCGGCCCAUUGUCGCCUACAUCAACGCCAAGAAGACGUAUAUACCCAUCGCUUGCCGCAUCGUCAAGCGACUCAGCGACUUUGACGGCAGCUGGACCGUGUUCGACUGCGGCCUCAUGGACGACGCGUCGGCGGAGUCGUACGAGGCGUUCGCAAAGGACGUCGAGGACCAGCAGAGCCGCGUCCGGCGCUUCAAAAAGGUGGGCUUCUGGACGCUCUCGCUCGCCGUGCACGCUCUCUUCAUGGGCAUGGCGGGCAACGUGGUCUAAAAGUGUCGCGGCGUCAUUCACCAUCAUCAGGCCGCCACGCUUGACAUGGAUGGCAUUUUCUCUACUCUUGGGUUGCUUGUGAGGAGGCGCGAGGUGGCGGCCGGCCAUGGCGUGGUUGCCGCAACAGGCGUGCGAGGAACAUGUACAGCAACAAUAGGUGGGACUGAGAGCUCGUGCUCUUGACAGGCGUUUCUGCAUGGCGUUUGGGCGAAUUAGCACGUCUCCCGCGUAUGCUUGGAAGGCGUAAUCAUGACUGGCGUCUGUAUAGUAGGGUCGAGUGUGGGCAAUGGCUUCUUUAGUGAUCUGAUACCCUAGCUUUAUACGCGCUGACACGAACAUGAAUUCAAUAAUGAAGCUGUCCUUCAAA